UUUGGGUGUGUGUUUGGGAUUUGCCAGUAUGUUAUGUGUUUUUGGAUUAAUUUACCGAUACAGCAGAAAGAAUUUCGACGAUGGAGUAACACAGAUGGCGCCAGGAAUUCGACGAUAUAUUGACCAAAUAUCUUCAAUACAUGAGAAUUCACCAGAUAAAGUACAGACAAAGAAUACGCGUGUGCUUUGUUUGAUAUUGACGUCAUACAUCACGUUCAGGUCACGUGUUUUUGCUGUAAAUGCAACAUGGGCCAGGCGAUGUGACAAACAGUUUUAUGUGCUCAAAACAGAAAAGAAAGCUCCUGAUAUUAUCAACACCCCUUUUGGGGAAACCAGAAACAAUAUAGUGCAUAAAAUAAAAUUUGCUUUAAGUUACAUUUAUGAAAACCAUAUUGACGAUUUUGAUUGGCUUAUUAAAGCUGACGACGAUACGUACGUCAUUAUGGAAAAUUUGAAAUUUUUGCUACGAAAUCUUGAUGGUCAUAAGCCAGCAUAUCUUGGUUUCCAUUUUGACAAAUUCGUACAGAAUGGAUAUAUGAGUGGUGGUGCAGGUUACGUCAUCAGCAAUCGUGCUCUUCGUAAUUUGGUGGAGUUGGGAUUUUAUCCGGAAAAAUGUCCGGUUAUUCCAAAUAAGGAAGAUCCUGAAAAUAGCGAAGAUGUAGAGAUAGGCAGGUGUCUGAACAAAACAGGAGUGCCUGUAAUAAACUCUUUGGAUGAUGAAGGGAAAGAAAGAUUCCAUCAUUAUCCUAUUCAAAAACAUUUGUUUGGUUCUGUUCCUAGAUUUGUAUUCGAAUGGGCGAAAAAUCCGCACACAGAGGGCAUGGCCUGCUGUAGUAAGUACUCUAUCAGCUUUCACUACAUGGAUCCGGCCUCCAUGCUGAUAGUUGAUCACCUUCUAUACAGAACAUCCGUAUUCGGGUUAGAAAGGGUGGAUUCAAAAAUUUCAUGAUGAUCUUGCCACAGAAAUAGCUUCUUACUUACAUUUUUUACGUUUUCAUGUGUGCAUGUCAUUUGCCAGACGUAGAUAUCUGCUUAAAAAGGGACAUAACUGUGACGAAAGUCAUUUCAAAUCAUGAUCACACGUGGUCCAACAGCUAGGUGAUACUAAUUAGAGUGCCAACGAUUGUGAUAUUCGCUGAAUGAGAAGGAAAUGAACCAUAUUUUUUUCUCGAAAAGAGAAUUCUGCAGCGGAAAGAAUGGCCGUAAAUAAAGUUUGCGAUUGGCUGUUGAAAUUAAAUUGUCGACAUCAUCCAUGACUGUAAUCGACCACACCUGUGCUAUCCAUUUAUUAUUUAUUAUCUCUAUUUGUUUAUGAUGACCAAUAUGAUCAUUUGCAAACAGAUUUUGGAUUCCUAAAAUGGACUCAUCUAUAGAUAAAAACACAUGAAAACCAAAUCCUAUUAACUGACAAAACAUUUAUUAUAUAAUUAUGUGUUACAUAAAAACAGGAGUCUUAAAGACCAUCAUGAAUACAUUGAUGCAUACAUCAUGGUUUAAAAUGGUGUAUAUCAAUUAUACCAUUUUUCAAUAAUACAAAGUUCAUGUGAGCGACACAUAAUGACUCAUUUAUUGAAAACCUCGCAACAUAUGUUUGUUAAUUUUACAAUAUUUAAAGACAUUGUUACAUUCCGUCCACUAGAGAAGUAAUUAAUUUAUUUCUAUAAAAUGUGAGUGCAGCUGCUCUAUAGGAAAGAUGAUGUAGAAAUCCAAAAAAUAACUAAUACAGGGAGUCCUUUUUAACUCGACUUGUAUGUUGAUCAUAACUUUUGAAGUUCUUGAUGUUUUGUCUUCAUACUUGGCCACAAUGACCCUUAGGACAUAACCUUAUAAUAAACCACACUAACCCUGACUUUCAUCAGUAAAUGACCUUGACCUUCCACAAAUGUCUUAUUCACUGGUUUUUGCUAUUAGUGGCUAUAACUUUGUUAUUUAUGAACUGAUUGUCUUCAAACUUGAACAUAAUAAUCUUUUAGGAUAUACCUUUAAGUUGACCAGACAGACCUUGACCUUUACUCAUAAAUGACCUUGAUCUUUAAGGUCAAAUUUCCAAAUGUUGCUUGUUUUUGCUUUAAGUGCCUAUAACUUUGUUAUUUUAGUGCCUAUAACUUUGUUAUUUUUUAAUGAAUUGUCUUCAAACUUGAAAAAAUAAUCUUUAAGGAUAAUCCUUUAAGUGAACCAGACAGACCUUGACCUUCAUUCAUAUAGGACCUUGACCUUAAAGGAUAAAUUAAUGGAAUUUUCACUUUUUAUGGAUUGACUUCAUAAUAUAAUAGAACAUUCUUUAGGAUAAGAUUAUUUAUGUAUAUCAAACUCAAAUUGACCUUGGCCUUAUUUUGACCUUGACCUUGAAUGUUGAAUUAUUGCAUUUUCACUAAACUUAAAGCAAACAAAUAAACGGUUUAAACAAAAGCAAAUGAUUUGUUUAAACCGUUUAUUUGUUUGCUUUAAGAAAAAAGGAAAAAAAGUCGAGCGUUGCCCCGCCCGGCGAUGACUCUUGUUGGUAUUUUGUUACAGUUUCAAAAAAAACUCAUUCUUAUAUACACAUGUACACAACUUAUUCAUCUUAAGUUCUGUUAGGGACAUUUCCUUUAUCUAUAUCAUUAUUAUGCUUAAAGGCCCAUUUUAUCUAAGAAAUGUUAUCAUUUUUAUUUCUAAAAAAAUGUUUAUUUUUCGUAUCUUGUUACAGUCUCAAAAAAAAUCAUUUGCUAUAUACAUAAACUAUCUUUC